CCGGCUGUGGGCGGGUUCGAGGCUCGGGCUCGCCGCCUCCGCCAGCGCCGGCACGUCGCUGACACCCUCGCGAGGUGGCAUGAAACAUCCUGUUUGUAAGCAUAUGCAUAAGGAAUGCUCUUGUCACACCUUGAUAAGUUACCUUGGCCUAAACAUCGAUUGCCUCUUGUAAAAACCUAAAUGGCAGCUCAGAAAAGGAAGUCUACGUUAGUAGAACCUUCUGCUAAACGUCCAAAGCUGGACAAGAACAGCAAACCGUCUUUGUCAAAGAAGGAAAAAGAGGUGUCAGAUACAAAACAUGGCUCAAAUAAAUCAAAGCCCAAUCAGUGUGCAGUGCAGGAGAAAACUGUACUCAAAACCUCUGCCAAACCAAACAGUGAUAAUAGCAAUGAACCUGAAGUAGGAACACGCAUGACUACAAGAUCAUCAGCGCUCAACUCAAAUAAUAAAACAAUACCUGGCAAAACAGUCCAACAGCAGCAGCCUAAAUCUGCAAAAAAUAAGGAGGUAUGCCAGAAAAAAUCGGUGCAAGAAAUUCCUAAAUCAAGAUGCUUAAUUGCGCCAAAUGAAGCAGUAAUGAGGAGAUCACAGAGACUGCAGCAGUUAACACACGUGCAUGUUCCAGCAAGAUCCCUGCGCAGCAGAGAAGUCAAAGAAGAAAAAGUUUCUGAAGUUAAGCACAGUAGCCAGGCAAAAAAACAGGCUCGUGGUGUUGCAGCAAAACCACUGAAAUCUGCUGGAGGGAAAACAGAACAGAAAAACACAAAGGUAAAGCCAAACUAUAAAAAUGAGGAUAAAGAUGUAGAUACUUCACGUGUAGAAGUGACCAGCUCUCUGAAAGAGAAAAAGUGUAAAGCAGACAAUAAAAAGGAUAAUUCCAGUAGCUGUCAACACAAUCUUCAAGGGUCCUCAUCAGGUCCUGAGGAGAAUCUUGAGGAAGUCAAGAAAGACCAGACGGGCCCUGUAUCUCUUAAUUCUAGCAACACAAAGAAAACGGAAACCAAUUCUCUUAAGCCAAAUUCUACAGCAUCUAAGGAAAAGCAGCAAACACAUCAGAACAUAAAACCCAAUACAAAACCAAAAAAUAAUUCACAGCCAUCUGUAAGUGAGACAAACGUGGCUGAUCAACCAGAGAGCGAUGCAAAAUUGAAAAGGGUGAGCAUCCUUGAACUUUGUGAAGAAAUUGCAGGUGAAAUUGAGUCAGAUACAGUAGAAGUGAAAAAAGAUUCCCCUAAUGCAGAAGAUAGCAAAGCAGAAGAAAAGCAUGACGACACACAGUUACAGCAAAGUGAAAUGCUUACUCAGAAAGAACCCAGUCAAAGUACUCAGUGCAAACGGUUUUUCCCUAGCAAAAAAGCAAUGCCUGUCAAAUGCACUCUGAAUGGUAGAAAUAACUCCUCAAAUAAAAACUCUAAAUGGACCAAAAUUAAAUUGCUGAAAGCUAGUAAUGUGAAGCAAAGUAACUCAAAUUCUCCAAAUGUCCCUAAGCUUCCUUUUUUAAAAGAUUUCCCUGAAGUUUCAGAGGCAAGUCAAAUGGCAGCAGAAGCAGAGUUUUCAAAGGCACAAGGCAAGCUGUCAGCAAGACUUUUUGAGAAUGAAAGUACAACUUGUGUGCAGAAGAAAUCAGAUCCAUCAUCUGAAAGAGCUGAAGCUAAAGAAGUGACAUUAGAAACAAAACAGCCCACAAGGAAAGGUGCAGAAAAUGGUCUGUUGCCUAACUUGACAAAACAUUUAUGUGAGCCAAGACUAGAUGAGAACUUUAGAUUACAUUUGGAAUCAAGUCCAGAAAGUUCUCCAGUAAAGUGCGUUACAGCUCCUAGACCACCAAAACAAUUUAAGAGAGAACCCAGAGAAAGUGAACCUCAAGAUUUGGCUCCCACACAGUUGAUGCAAACUUCACUUACAAGUCAGACUUCUUCAUCUGAGAACAGGGCUCCAUUGUCAAAUCCUUCAUUAGCAUCAAAAUGCAGUAACUUGCCAUCAUCUGAGGAACAUAUUCAGAAGCUAAAAGAAGCAGGAAAAGAUGGUGAUAAGCAGCUGAUCACAGAUGGAGGACAGAAGAGAUUUGGUGCUAUUUCCUGUAAUAUUUGUGGAAUGCUUUACACUGUGUCAAAUCCAGAGGAUGAAACCCAGCAUCUGUUAUUCCACAACCAGUUCAUAAGUGCUGUUAAAUAUGUGGGUUGGAAAAAGGAGAGAAUCUUGGCUGAAUAUCCCGAUGGAAAGAUAAUAAUGGUUCUUCCUGAUGACCCAAAGUAUGCACUUAAAAAGGUUGAAGAAAUACGAGAAAUGGUAGACAAUGACUUGGGAUUUCAGCAAACUCCUCUCAUGUGCUACUCUAGAACUAAAACUCUUCUUUUUAUUUCUAAUGACAAAAAAGUCAUUGGCUGCUUAAUUGCAGAACAUAUCCAGUGGGGCUACAGAGUUAUAGAAGAGAAGGUUCCAGAAGUCAGUUCAGAAAAUGAGAAAGUGAUAUUUGAGAGACAGAAAGCAUGGUGCUGUUCAACUUCUCCAGAACCUGCUAUCUGUGGGAUCAGUCGGAUCUGGGUGUUCAGCAUGAUGCGCCGGAAGAAGAUCGCUUCUCGGAUGAUUGAAUGUCUUAGGAGCAACUUCAUAUAUGGCUCAUACUUAAGCAAGGAGGAAAUUGCUUUCUCUGACCCCACUCCUGAUGGGAAGCUCUUUGCAACACAGUACUGUGGCACUGGCCAGUUCCUGGUAUACAACUUCCUCAAUGGACAGCACCAGACUUAACUGCUCUGCAGGAAUUCCAUUUUUAUUGGAGACUUCUGCCAAACUGCAUCGAGUG